AUGGUGGCUUUCUUUUCCUGUGAGAAUAUUCUCAAGGGUCGGACAGCGGUGGGUUUUGCCUUGACGGGAACUACUUUUCGCAUUUCUUCAUCGUCAGCUCAACGUCUGCGAGUCCGUGGCUAUGGGUUUGGGAUUCGGAGGUUUUCGCUGAGAACUGCGCUACCCUCCCGUCGUGUUGAAUAUUCGCCGACCAUCAUCUCUGCCAUCGCAUCGCGCCGCUCCAAAAUGCCAGCGCUCAUUGAACCGGGUACCGAUAAUCGAAGGCCCCGGAGGUCUUCCAUCACUCAGCAGUUUCAGCGGAUGUUCAACUUUGACAAAACGAACGAUUCACGGAGAAGUGUGAGCUAUGACGACUCCUCAAAAGGGAAAUUUGCGACUUCGACUCUCCCAUCAAAUAUACAGCCGGCCGUGGAGAACAAUGACCCUCAAGAUUAUGCCAAGUACAGGCAUUCCGGAAUUAGCACCAACGAGCAGAGCCACAUUUCACACUCAUCCUUGGGGUCAAAAAUUACCGGAUUGAACACAUCGGAAUCACGACCCUCUUCCCUCCAGUCUUUCGGUGUGGAUGCGCAACAGCCGGCCAAAAAUUCGCUUGAUGGCCCCUUGCAUAGGCAAGACACUGCGAGUCACGUCGUUCAGAAGAAAGAUAGGCGGGCUACAAAGCGUUUGGAAGCAGAAAGACUGGAGUUGGAGAAGAGACUGUUCAAACUCGAGGAGGCUGAAAGGACGGGAGACGUUUCUGCCCUGAGAAGAGAGUCCCGCAGGCUUACCAAGAAGCAGCCGCUGGGAAGUUCAAGUAGAUCGUCAAGCGUGAGCGCAGACGAAUCUCGAUCUCGGCCAUCAUCGCGUCUGUCAUCCUUUUUCUCGGGCUCGAGGCGCCGAUCCCGAUCUCGGUCAAGCUCUAUAGACGCAGCCGAAAAUCGCUUCGGAUCCGAGGACGCUCCGUCAAGCGAUAGCCCAAACGCUUUGCCAAAACUGCCUUCAACAUUACCUGAGCGUUUAAGCACAGCCAUAUCCAAGGAGCUUGCUGCGAGGAAAAAUGCCUUGCUCACGCCGCCUGAGCAGUCAACACCUUCGUUGCAGAGCGAGCAGGCAACAUCAGAGUGCACCCAUGGUAUACCCAAGCAAUUGAUUACUCAAAAGCAAGACGAUGCAGUCACUCAUUUGGCCGAGCCAUCAUCAAGCCACGCGGCACAGAAAGACGAAUAUGUCCGGCCAGAGACCGCAACCAACAAAGCAAGGCAACAAGCAGACCUGGACCGGGCAUUAUUCACCGCGAGUCUCAACUCUGGAAAGAAAACCGCAUCGUCUGAGCACUCUCUUAAGACAGCAAUUUCGACUAAAUCCUCAACCACGUUGGCUGGAGCUAGUUUGACAGAUCUCCAUUCUGCAGCAGAUAUCGAUCAAAUUGACACUUACUCGAGACCACGCUCUGCUGUAAACUCCCGCGCAGGUCUGCCAGUGAGCAUGCUGGCAAGGGUAACUACAGAUGGCAUUGCACUGAGGCAUCAAAAGACGUACAAAUCCUCACCUCUUGCAGAGUCGCAGACAGUGAAUGGUGAUGAUGUGCCCGCCCCACAAAAAGGAGCAACAACUCUAGCAAGCCAAACCAACCCACCCAACGUACUGCGAACGUCGAGCGGUAACAUUCCAGAUAAGAUGACAUCUUCACAGUCGCCCAAACCAUUUGCCAAACCAUCGGCGACAGAGUCAAAAAUCCCUCGGAGCUCUUUUAGCAGGAAACCGGCUUCAAAGCUGAGUCAGUUAGCUCCAUCAACACUGCUAACAAAACCGCGCUUCUACAACUCACUAAACAAAGAGACAGGCCUUCCCAGUGGCCGGUCCAAUAUGUCCGUGACACUGCCUCCUAUGGCGCAGCAACGAGACACCUCCCCAAGUGUUCCGCCAAAGAGUCCGAAGCGGAAUAGUCGCAGCAUAUCACAAUCACCAGAGUCGCUCAGAGGAGUGUCAGACAGCAGACUACGACCACCCAGUAGCCUAUCGGCCGGUCAAUCGUAUGAUUCCGAGUCGGAUUACAACACUGCAGACGAAGCGGCGUCAAUCGUGUCCAGAAUCUCAGACGACCAUAACUCAACAGCAUCCAAAAUGCGCAGUAUACCCAAGAAAGGCGUGCCUUCGGGCUUCGACAGCGCCUCUACGGCCAUUGUGUCGUCAAACCUCAAAGCAGAGUCAAAGAAACAAGUAAAAAGGACGAAACAAGCUGGGAGAGACCAACUUGUUGCCAAGCUUUUCGUCAUUUGCUGUCGCUGCAAGUUCUGGCAUGACAUGCCAUCCGAGGUAUACGCGAGUCUGGCGAACUCAGAUCCUCUAUCUGCUGCUCUAGACGAAGAGCUCGCUGCCUGGGAACGCAAUUCUCUCUCUGAUAGGCUGACUACCUCUGUGGCAGGGACGCGAUCCUUGCGUGAAUCAUCCACCAAGCCGGCUCCCAAGGCUGAUAUACAACAGAGAUCAGUACGCACACGCGUGACGGCAGACGUGCCAUCGGGGCCUGUGAAAUGUUGCUGGUGCGAGCACCACAUGAGCAAGCAAUGCUGCCAGGGAUGGACUACCGUGGUGCAGAUGCGUCAGAGACACCACUGA